ACUAAGGAUAUAUUCGAUUUCUUUGAAAGCUUUGAAAAAGCUUUCAAAGAGAUCUUUGAUAAUUCUAAUGAAGAAUGUACUACAGCUCAGCAGCUUAUGAAUCUCAAGCAGACCAAGUUAGCUUCUGCUUAUAUAAUCAGAUUCAAGCAACUCUCAGCGCAACUUCCGUAG